GACGACGAGGGGCCAAAGACGAAGAAGAUUGUAACCCGAGCAUGAGCGACGACGCCUUGAGCUGCUGCUUGAACGUGCUGCGCCGCAUGCCUCCGGGGCAGGUGGCCACGGACCUCGCCGGCCUCUGCCAGCUCGUGCCCGAGCUCGAGGACGAGCUGCUCCAGCGCGUGGACCAGCCGCUCGGGCAAAUGGUCGACCCGACGACCGGCCGCGCCUUCCUGCUCUGCGACUACAACCGCGAUGGCGACUCGCACCGGUCGCCGUGGACGAACGCGUACUUUCCGCCCAUCGACGACGGCGAGGGCUUCACGCCGUCCGACAGCUUGCGCCAGCUCGAGAUCCAAGCCAAUGAAAUCUUCGACGUGUACCGCGAGAUGUACUACCAAGGUGGCAUCUCGUCCGUCUACAUGUGGGACUUGGAGCCGGGCUUUGCCGCUUGCUUUCUCAUCAAGAAAGACGUGCACCAGCAGCGCUUUGUCCAGAACGGCGGGUGGAACUCGAUCCACGUCAUUGAGGUCCAAGAGAAGAGCGCGAGAGAAGCCGUGUACAAGCUCACGACAACGAUCCUUGUGACAAUGGACGUCAACCGCAACGAGCUCGGCCACUUGAACCUCGACGGCAACUUGACGCGGCAAACGGAGAAGGUCCUGCCCUUUGACAGCCCCAGCGCGCACCUCACCAACAUGGGCCACCUCAUCGAGGACAUGGAGAUCGAGAUGCGGUCGAGCCUUGACCGCGUCUACAUCUCCAAGACACGCGAAGUGAUCAACGGCAUCCGAAAGCUCCAGCACGGGCCCACGCAAGGCAGCAUCUUUGUCGGCGAACUCGGCCGCGCCGUUCUCAAGCAUGGCACGACCAAAUAGCCCGCUGCGUAAAAUAUCUCAAAACACGUGCGGUCGACAUCG